ACCAACCCUUGCACCAUGGCAUCUGACGAAUCCGCCAUCACGAUCCAGUUCACCACUGUAUCAAAGUUGUUUGAAGAGAUCUAUGCUGGUGGUACCCGAGAUGCCCUUGUGGUGCAAACCAUUCUCGUCGCAGAUGUCUCCCAGCAAGACUACGCCGACAUCGACAAUGAGCGAGAACAUCGGAGGCGCAAGUUCCGCCUCAAGCGAUACUACUCUGAGCGCCAGAUACUCAUUGUGACCAUUCCAACAUUAAAGCACGAGCUCCUACACUUGCCCCUGUUCGGACACAUUUACGCCGCUGUUGAUAAGGCGGGAGUGGGAUUCGAGUGGUUUCCAAUGGGCGCCACGACGUGGCGAGGCCAUCCAAAUGGAGAUGCAGGCGAGGGAGACUCAAGCGGUGGUCAAAUAAGUCGCCCAAGUCCUUGUUGGCCGACACUCGUCAUCGAAGCAGGACAUUCUCAAUCCCUGGAGAGCCUGAGAAGCGACAUGAAGUGGUGGUUCAGCGCUUCGGAUCAUCAAGUCAAUAUUGUUCUCCUCGUCAAGUUGGACUUGAGCUCUGAGGACAUCAUCAUCGAAACUUGGCAAGCUGCACAGGGCGAUACAGCAAGACUCGAGCCCAGCCGUUCUCAGGUCAUCACCAUCAGCCGAGGGCCCAACGCGGACACGGACGACAGUGUGUCCGGAGGACCAUUACGACUAGAUUUUGCGCUCCUCUUCCUCAGAGCGCCACGGCAAGGAGAGGGUGAUAUAGUGCUGCCCGCUGGUGUACUUCAGCGGCUGGCUGACACAGUCAGGAGAGUACGGAGUAGGCCCUAG